UAGGGCUCGGGUUAAAUUGGUACGACCUUCUGUCCACAUUCGCGCGACAUUUGCACUGUGGCUUGCAGCCCCCGAAGCAAAACCCAAGAAGGAAGCAGAGUCCGCAUUUGGCGCGUCUUCGUGGUGCUUGCGCGCGCUGAGCCCGGGUCUACAGACGUCUUCUGUGUUUCUUAUACACGCUAUAUUCUGCGCAAUCUCUCGCUCUAUCUUGUCGUGCCAGGUUUGUGUGCGUCUCGUGCGUAAGUGAGCAGAAACGGCAAUAAACCCCAUUUAGUCACCCCUAAGAAGGUGAAUAAACCUCUGCAGACGGCCCUAGCGCCGUCCAAGACAUGAACCGCAGCGCCUUGGACCUGCACCGAGUGGCCUCCGACGUUCUGAAGCAAGAUAUGGAUCGUAACGGAGGCUCCGCGUCCCCUGGUCAGCUGAGCUUCAGUACAUUCCUCAUGGACGAGGUAUCGCCGCCCGUACAGCUCCAGAAGGCCACAAAGCGGUCCGCACCGCCACCUUUGCCACCAUUAAGGGCUCAGGGAGUAUCUAACGUGCCCCCACGGCGUAAUAACCCGCCGCCGGACGUCUCGAGACGUCGAGGAGCGUCGGACGUAGACAUCCCUGUGUUGGAGGCAGCAAGAGACAGCAGCGGCUUCCGGUUGGACGGCGCAGAUCAAGCAGAGGUUGAAGUGAAUAGUGACGAUGAAAGUGGAGCGGAAGCCAGAGUCGUGGUGGGAGAAUACGACGCCGAAGAGGACGAUUUUGUGCCGGUGCUGCAGACAGCGGAGGACGCGCUGCGAGCUCACAGACAUAUGGGCAGCAAGAAGUUCUCGUGGAGAGCAUCAGCUAGAAGAGUCCCCACGGGUAAGACGGUCAGAGUACCAGACCAGGAGACGCUGCUGAGGAUGUCCACGAGGAGCACAGAACUAUCGUCAAGUUACUCAAGCAGCAACUCACUAGGGUCAAGAAGAAGCUCUUCGUCUGUACGUAUCGAACGGGAGCUGGUGCGCAGUGGCUGGCUGUUCAAGCAGGCGAACGUCAUGAAAACCUGGAAGCGACGGUAUUUUGUACUGACUAAGCGGACAAAUCUAGCUACGGGUGAGUACUGGGCAUCACUGCAGUACUACAGAGGCAGCAAUUUUGGCAAACUGCGUGGUGAGAUGCAUCUGCAGGACGGUAUGUCAGUUCGAUUCCUGGAACCUGACGAGACCAGGCGACCGUUUUGCUUUGAAGUAGCCGGCGAGGACUUUUCCUUUGUGUGUUCCGGAUCUAACGACGACGAUGCGAGUGCUUGGGUUUGUCUGCUUCAAAGCUUGUCAGGCGGUGGUAGCAGCACUAUCCCGCCUUCAGCGGGUCUACUUGGCACGGCAGCCGCCAGCAGCCUGCUACAGCCAUCAGACGGAUCGAAGGGUAAUCGAAUUCGCACCAGUACGAUCGACGCUCGGAGCAUUCGCAUCGUAGCGGAGCUACGACGAGUGCUUCACACAAGCAAGUCUCCCGAAGCGGUGAAAUUUAAGAGCUUUAUUGGGUCAUUCGAAUCCCGAAGCUCAGGCGCGCUUCGCCAGUUCCGCGACUUCCACGCAACGCUGACAGAAUCUAUUGUUAAAGACCAUGGCACUCGCAUCUUGGCAGCUCUUAAAGAUCCUGGAAAUGACGAUGCGAACGGAACCAUUAAGGCUGCGGAGAAGAAGCAAGACAUGCUGCCGAUCUCACUUGAUGUUAUACGUUCGGCUGUGUCUCGUCAUGUGGAAGAAGUACUUUUCGUGCCACUGCAGGGGAAAAUCAACACAUACCUGCGUCGUGUGUACCAUGAAGAAGAGUCCUCGAUUAACCGCAAAGUAAGGUGGCUGCAAGGUAAAGACCAGAUGUAUUUCAACAUUCCGGUGCACCAGGUAUCGUGGAAGGAAUGGCGGAAGGCAUCCAGAAUUCUUGCACAAAUCGCGCAAGUUCAGCUGCCCGCAGCCAAGUAUGAUGUGCUCACAAGUACGAUCAAGGAAAUCCAGUCGACCUAUGCUGAAGAGCAUGAUACAAUCGCUGAGUUGGAGCCACUCGAGACUGACGAUAUCAUCCCGAUUUUCACGUACGUGUUGUCGAACAGCGGACUGGAGAAUCUCAUCUCGCUUAAAACCUUGUUGACGGAAUUGAACGGAUCCUGGUCAGUUGGCAAAUCUCCGGACGAUGAAACAUCUCUGAACAUUUUGACGCAUGCGGUGGACUUCAUCAGCAAUGUGAGCAUCCCGGCUGUCUUGGAGGAUAUCUUCAAGGAUCAAAUUACGCUAUCGAUCGACGGAGACUGGCGCCGUGUGCUGGAGUUUGAAGUGGAGUCCACAUACCGCUAUGGCGCCGUUGUGGAGCAUAUUUCUCCCCAUGGUUAUUCUGCUGUAGGAAAUAUCAUUACGCGCGGGUUUGUCUUGGUGACCGUGAAUGGGCAGAAUGUGGUUUUAUGGCCGUUCCAAGAUAUUAUGAAUCUCCUCCUACAAUCAGCGUCUCCUCACCGACUAGCGUUCAUCCCGGGAAGUAGUUACUUCAAGAUUUUGACGUCGAACAAGGCGCUGUGGAACGUGGCGUUGAUGCACGCAUGUCAGCGUGGCGAUGUAUUCAGUGUUCAAAUGUUGUUGGCAAACGGUGCUGACGUGAAUUAUGUUGCCCACGAGUGUGGAAGUAACACGCCGCUCCAUGUCGCAGUCAGUGCGCUUCACUUCAACGUUGUGUCGUACAUGCUUCAGCACGGAGCGAAGGUGAAGACGAUAGGCGAAUGUGGACGCAGCGCACUGCAUAUGGUUGGUUCCCCGUGUAUGAUGCCCGCGACGAUGAUGACGUCGAGUGACAUGACGAAAGCAGCUAAUGGGUCAUCAGCCACUUUGAGUGGAGCAGACAAGGCCGUGCUAGUUGUGAAGAAGCUUCUCGCUCAUGGAGCUCCUAUCGAUACUGUUGAUAUUUACGGCAACACACCAGUCAUGUUGCUGGCAGAAAGAGGCUAUCUUGGUGCAAUCGAUGCGAUUAUGGAAGCCGAUAGCAACAUCGACCUCAAUGCUCGAAACUGGCAGCGUGGUAUGAGUGCUCUAGCGCUAGCAGCGAAGAGCGGAAGAGUUAAUGUGGUGGAAGGAUUGCUCGACUAUGGCGCCCAAGUGGAUAUUCGCACGCUGCAUGGCGAGACACCACUGCACUUUGCAGCAGCUAGUGCAAGCCAGCGUGUGUGCGAGCUACUAGUAGAGAAAGGCUGCGAUGUGGAUGUUCGUACGAGUGAAGGAUUGACGCCGCUGAUGAUUGCUGUCGCUAAAGACCACGGAAUGGCCAUGGAGAAGAUCGCUGCGUUAUCGCCAUCUGUGCCAUCCCCAAUGGGUGAUAAUCACCACGAUACACACUAUCACCAGAAGACAACUGUUGAUCUGCGCAACAGUAUUCGCGUAGACAACUCCUCCGUCAUUUCGACGAUGAACUAUCUCAUCCAGCGUGGUGCAGACAUGUCAGCAGUCUGCGAGGUAUACCGGACACCUUUACACUAUGCCGCCCUGUACGGAUGUGACGAGUUGUUCGCUUGUCUUCUGGCGAAAAUGGGUGAUGACUCGAAUGCCGAAAGGUGUGACUUGUAUGGUCAAUCGGCGGCGUCUAUGGCAGAAGCGAGUCGUUCAUCACACGCACUUGCAAGUGAAACUUUGUCGAAUGGAGACUCAACCGUGACCGAUGAAUACUGUGUAAUGGAAGAUAACGAUGAUGACUCAGACGAUGAAGACAUGGACGAAGUGGAACAGGCUGACAUCCCCAUGUCACUGACUGAGCGCAAGGACCUUACCGGGAAGAGUUUGAGCAUUAAGGAUCUUAUAACCGAAGAGAACGACAGCGUAGAAGAGAUUAUUGCGGGGACGUUCGAUGCUAUCGCUGGUCUUCUACUCCGCUAUGAGGACUACCGUCUGGAAGAAUUGAGUGCUCUCAUUUGGUCCUGUGGAUACGCAACUAAUGGAGGUGGAGAUAGCUUUCGUGAAAUGGUCGACAUCCUGCGUAGUCUGUGGAAGCGAUAUUCAGUGGACUCAGACGCCGGAUUCUACGUGCGACGCAUGGUGCUGAGCGCUCUGAAUAAGCUGGUGGAGAUUCUGAAGCACAGUGUGGAAUGCGAUAUGGACGUAUGCAACUACGUCGCUGCAUUGUACACGGAGCUGGUCCCUUUUGAGGAUGAAUUGACGAAGGAAGACCCACAAUGCGCCCAAUGGAUAAGCGUGUCGUUGUUGCCGGAGUUUGCAGAUGCUUGUCAGUCGAACCGCGUGCAGGAAUUCCAGGUGCUGUCUUUCUGUGAAGGGGACUAUACGUCGCUGAAGCAGUUUAUCUGUACAGCGAAGCAAGCAAACCCAAAUCUUGAGUUUUUGGAUGAUGAUCUGUUCGCUGCUGCGACCGGAAUGGAAAUUAUCACUGAAACGAUGCGACGCCGAAUGUCUCUCGCGGGUGUGUGGAAAACAGGAGAGGCAAAGAAGUCGUUCGUUGUGAAGCCAGAAGAGACCCUCGAGACUCUUUCGGAAGGACGCUCGACGACUAUCACGCCGUGGCAACCGAGAGGUGUGAAUGUGGGGCGCUCAUAUCCAUCGGAACAACGGAUGGCUAGACUUUGGUACGUACAUGGGAUCUGUUGUAGCUAUGAACAUCGUCUAAGCUCACCAAAUCUUUUUAUCUUGCCACAGGAUCUUGGAUUUAGAUCCCAGUAUCAUUGCACAGCAGAUCACUUUGAUGCAGCAUUAUCUGUUCAGCAAGAUCAAAGUGUCUGAGGUGUUGGCAUCUAAACGCAACGCUGAGAAGACACCAGGGUACCAGCGACUCCGACUGUUGCAUAAUCACAUUUCCAUUUGGGUGGUUAGCCAGAUUCUGAUGCGAGGCGACGUGGACCAGCGUGCAGAGAUCCUCGCGUAUUUUAUUCGUGUAGCUGGCGUGUUACUCUCCCCUCUACAGAACCUUGAUGGGUUCAUGGCGGUCAUGAAUGCAGCGAACGAUUCCUCCAUCUUCCGUCUCAAGAAAACAUGGGGCAGACUUCCACCGCAAGCGCGAGAUUUAUGGCAAGAGUUGGUCCCGCUCACGGAGAAAGGAGCUCGGUCACUCAACAAGUUCACGAAGGAAGCGACUCCCCCGCUGAUCCCGUACAUGGGUGUUGUCAUUCAAAACGUGCUCGCUCUCCAGGAGUACCCGGACCGUGUGGAGGGAGAUCUGAUCAACUUCAAGAAAAUCCGUUCCAUUGGUCUUCUCAUCCAAAAGAUCUUGUCUUUCCAGAAGACGCCGUACUUGUUGCCCACGGACAAGCGCGUUCUGGAACAUAUCUGCUCCACGGUCCCCUUCAUGGAGAGCGAUGCCUGCUUUGCACGCUCAUUAAAGAUUGAGCCUCGCGUCGCCGACGCUGGGACUGAGACAUCGUGAUGGGCUGGUGACAAUGAGAUAGCGAUGGCAUCAAGUGCCACGCCGCUGAUCUCCUUUACUCAAGGCUAUUACUUCAUUGCUAAUGUGUUGUUGUGGGAUCAGUGCCAACCAGAUAAUACGCGGGUAAGACGUCUGGUAUCAACGUACGUAAUAAACUAUGAGUGUAAGUAGUGCAAAACUCUGGUGUGUAUUGGACUGUGAAAUUGUAGCGGCGUUGCUCGUGGUAGUUGUGCUUUGUUGUUGUCACUUCUAGGCCAUCGAAGACCCAUUCUUUCCCGCCUCCAACUGCAAGUGUUUCCAGAACAUGAACAUUGCCAACGGGUAGUGCAGCAUCGCGAUGAUCAUCAAGAAGAAUGCUGUCUUCAACGACGUGUCGUCCUUCUCGCCCAACGGGCCGGCCUGCACCAGCCACAGCACGAACGUCAACAUGGCUGCAAAGGCCGCUACGCCCGCCAAGAAGAAGCCGCCGCCAACCCACUUCUUGUCACCCUUACGGCACGUUAUGGCGCCGACGAUUGCGAUGAUGGCCAUCAGACCAUUCGACAUGCUCAUACCGCCGAACGUCAUGGUUCCCAUACCGAGCAUGCUGCACGACUUGUCCAGGAACUUGUCGAACUGUGUCGCGUCCAUACCGGCAGCCGUCGCCAGUACCGUCGCGUACGCCAAGCGUUCGGCAUCACUCACGUCUCCAGCCUUGCUGUAGCCCUCGCACGUAGCAUAUUCCGAGUACUUGGUCCAAACCGUCUCGUUGAUGGCCUUGAGAUCCUCGUAGCCGGAUCCGAACUUGUAGUAGAAGCAGUGAUCAAGAGUGGUGGUCGAGUUGGCGAGCUCGCUGUCGAUGCAGAAGCUCAUGAGUCCGGCCUUAAAGUUGGUGCUGGCGAUCUCACUGGUGAGUGCGGGGUUGACAGUAGAGUUGACUGUCCACAUGGGGAGGAUCAUGGCGACGGCGUUGUAGAGCGUGCCGAUAGUGAUCAUGGCGAUGGCGCCGUAUCCGUGUUUCGAAAUCGCCAUCUAUGAAUUUCUAGUUCACUGUGUUACUUUGUCAAGAAUUGGAGAAUGAAGUCCAGCAUCGCGAGAUGUCAAAACUUAAACUUAAUCAGCAGUUCCUUCUUGCUUCCGUAA